AUGCCUAUGUUUUAUCGUGAUGACUGUGAUAUGCAUCUUACCCACGAUACUCUGUCUCUGAGGAAGACACACUGCAGUGGUAGGAAACACAAAGAGAAUGUGAAACACUGUUACCAGAUAUGGACGGAGGAGCAGGCCCAGAGCCUGACUGACAAAACAACGGCUGCAUUUCAACAAGAAAAGAUAACUCCAGCUCCAUUCUCUGCUCCUCUACCUUUGUGGACCUUGAUUCUACCUCCACCCAGUCUCCCGGGUCCUCCUUGGCCUGGCAUGAUGGCUGCACCCCAUAUGGAAUGCCCUCCCGUGAUGCCAAUGAUAGACCCUCCUCCUCCUGGGAUAAUGUCUGUGGGACCAGCUCCUGGGAUGAGACCACCCCUGGGAGGCCACAUGCCCAUGAUGCCCGGGCCUCAAUAA